CGUGUGAGGAGUUGCUGGGAGUCGCGCUGCCGGAGACACCCGGGGAAGAGCCACAGGAGCCGGACUCGCCGCCGACCGACCGCCCUUUCCCGUGUCACGCAGAAAUAAUGUUGAUAUUUGGAACCCAUGUCGAACAACUAUGAAGAGAGGGUAACGAUGAUAGCAGCAGGGGAUUUGCAGGAGUUUGUUCCUUUUGGCCGUGACCACUGCAAGCACCACCCUAAUGCCCUGAACCUUCAACUUCGGCAGCUGCAGCCCGCCUCUGAGUUAUGGUCCUCUGAUGGAGCAGCUGGCUUGGUGGGAUCCCUUCAGGAGGUUACAAUCCAUGAAAAACAGAAGGAAAGUUGGCUUUUAAGGAGAGGUGUCAGUGAUGUUGGGGAAGAAGUGGAAUAUGAUGAAGAACUGUAUGUGGCUGGCAAUAUGGUCAUUUGGAGCAAAGGAAGUAAAAGCCAAGCAUCUGCUGUUUAUAAGGCUUUCACUGUUGACAGCCCUGUUCUGCAGGCUUUAUGGUGUGAUUUCACUGUACCACAGGAAAAAUCUGAGAAAGUCAACAAUGGUGAUGAAGUAGUAGAAAAAUGUAUCUGCAUAUUGCAGAGCUCCUGCAUAAAUGUUCAUAGCAUAGAAGGAAAGGAUUACAUUGCUUCCUUACCUUUUCAGGUAGCAAAUGUCUGGCCAACAAAAUAUGGCUUGUUGUUUGAACGCAGCAGCACUUCACAUGAAGUCCCUCUGAGUCCACCCAGAGAACCUUUGCCCACUAUGUUCAGUAUGCUACAUCCUUUAGAUGAGAUAACACCUCUUGUCUGUAAGUCUGGAGAUGGGGUUAACCUGAGCGCUACUUCUCUAGCAGGUGUGUUUGGCUCGGCUAGAGUACAGUAUGUUGCUGAUUACACACUGCGCAUUGUGUUCCUCAAUGAGGAGCCUUCCAUUGUGAUGACCUAUGACACCAUUCAGAGUUUGCAUGCUGUCUGGGCCCUUCGUAGAGUAAAACCAGAGGAGCAGAGCACAGUCCUAAAGUUCUCUGAGCAGGUGGGGACGCCGCAACAUGUGGCCACCAGCAGCUCUUUGACCGCCCACCUCAGGAGUCUCUCGAAAGGAGACUCACCCAUGGCUUCCCCUUUCCAGAAUUAUUCCUCUCUUCACAGCCAGAGUAGGUCGGUGUCGUCGCCCAGCGUGCACUCCCGCUCGCCUUCCAUAUCCAACAUGGCGGCUCUUAGCCGUUCUCACUCUCCUGCCUUAGGGGUGCAAUCUUUCUCAGGAGUGCAGAGAUUCAACUUCUCCAGUAACACCCAGUCGCCGCGGCGGCACAGUGUGAGCCAUUCUCCAAACAGUGCUUCCAGCGACUCCUUCCUUGCUCCAGAAACGGAGCCAAUUGUUCCAGAGCUGUGCAUAGACCAUCUCUGGACAGAGACCAUCAUGACCAUGAGAGAGAAGAAUUCCCAAGCCUCAAAAGUGUUUAUUACAACUGACCUUUGUGGACAAAAGUUCUUGUGCUUUUUAGUGGAAUCCCAGCUCCAGUUGCGCUGUGUAAAGUUUCAAGAGAGUAACGAUAAGUCACAGCUGAUCUUUGGUUCUGUUACCAAUAUACAGGCAAAGGACGCAGCCCCUGUGGAGAGCAUUGACACAUUGCUGGUUCUGGAAGGCAAUGGGAACUUGGUGCUGUAUUCUGGAGUGGUUCGGGUAGGGAAGGUUUUUAUUCCUGGACUGCCAGCACCGUCGCUGACAAUGUCGAACCAAAUGCCUCGGCCGAGCACCCCUCUGGAUAGCCUGAAUACUCCUUCCAAGCCUUUGAAUAAGCACCUCGGGCCCUUAGAGGAGGGAGUGCUGUUGUCUCCAGUUCCAGAGUUGAGGGAUUCUUCCAAACUUCAUGACUCCUCUUACAUUGAUGAUUGUACUUUCCAACAACUUGGAACUUUCAUUCAUGCUGUGCGAGACCCUGUUCACAACAGAGUAACUCUGGAACUUAGCAAUAGCUCCAUGGUUAGGAUUACCAUUCCUGAAAUCGCCACCUCCGAGCUAGUGAAAAGAUGUUUACAAGGAAUUAAGUCUAUCCUGCCCAAAGAAAUUGCGGUACAAAUGCUUGUCAAGUGGUAUAAUGCUUACAAUGCUCCUGGAGGACCAAGUUAUCACUCUGAGUGGAGUUUAUUUGUAACCUGCCUCAUGAAUAUGAUGGGUUACAACACUGACAGAUUGGCAUGGACACGUAAUCUUGAUUUUGAAGGAUCCCUUUCCCCUGUCAUUGCUCCCAAGAAGGCUAGACCUUCCGAGACAGGAUCAGAUGAAGACUGGGAGUAUCUGCUCAAUUCGGACUACCACAGAAACCUUGAGUCUCACCCUCUGGCCAGAGCCUUGCGGUUGGAUCCAUUGGAAACUUCAUUUCCAAAAGAUGACUUUUCACCCAGCCUCAGCUUGGAUUCCUCAACGCUUCUCUUCACCCACAUUCCUGCUAUUUUCUUUGUGCUUCAUCUGAUCUACGAGGAGCUUAAAUUGAACAGCCUGAUGGGAGAAGGCAUUCGGUCGCUUGUUGUAUUGCUUGUUCAGCUGGCAAGGGACUUAAAAUUGGAAGCAUAUAUAGAUUAUUACUACAGAGAGUAUCCUGCACUUGUAAAGACCUCCAGGCAGACAUGCAUAAUCGAUCAAGCCCAAACAGGUUUCAUGCACCAUCCCUCGUUUUUUUCUGCUGAGCCUCCCAGUAUCUUUCAGUGGCUGAGUUCCUGUUUGAAGGGAGAAGGAGCCCUGCCUUAUCCUUACUUACCAGGAAUCUGUGAAAGGAGCAAGCUAGUAGUGCUGAGUGUUGCACUGUACAUACUUGGUGAUGAGAGUGCCGUUUCAAAUGAAGCAUCACAUUAUUUGUUUAGGAUAACUUCAGGGCAACGAAAACAGCAAACAGAACAAGAUGAUAAUCGAUAUAGUUUCAGACACAGCACAUCUGUUUCCAACCUCGCUGAAAAGCUGGUUAUCUGGAUGACUAGUGUAGGUUUCACCUUAAGAGAUUUGGAGUCUCUCCCCUUUGGGGUUGCGCUUCCUAUCAGAGAUGCUGUAUAUCACUGCCGAGAGCAGCCUGCCUCUGAUUGGCCGGAAGCUGUCUGUCUCUUGAUUGGGCGUCAAGAUCUUUCCAAACAGGCAUGUGAGGGGAACCUGGCAAAGGGUAAAUCUUCUGUUGCCCAGGUGCUAUCAUCUGAUAUGCCUUCAGGAGCUGAGGCAGAAGAAGACGACGAUGGUAUGAAUGAUAUGAACCAGGAAGUGAUGUCACUAAUAUGGAGUGAGGAUUUGAGAGUGCAGGAAGUGCGCAGACUCCUUCAAAGUGCCCAUCCUGUGCGUGUCAGUGUAGUACAGAUGCCAGAAGUCAGUGAUCAUGAAUACAUAGAAGAAAAAGAAAACCGGUUAUUACAGUUGUGUCAACGGACAAUGGCGCUCCCCUUAGGCCGAGGAAUGUUUACUCUGUUCUCAUAUCAUCCAGUGCCAACAGAACCGUUGCCUAUUCCUAAACUGAAUCUAACUGGCCGUGCUCCGCCUAGAAACACUACUGUGGACCUUAAUAGUGGGAACAUUGAUGUCCCUCCAAAUAUGGCAUGCUGGGCCAGUUUUCACAAUGGAGUGGCUGCUGGACUGAAGAUAGCACCUGCUUCCCAGAUAGACUCAGCUUGGAUUGUCUAUAACAAACCCAAAAAUGCAGAACUAGCCAAUGAAUAUGCAGGUUUUCUCAUGGCACUGGGUCUGAAUGGACACCUCACAAAGCUUGCCACACUCAACAUACACGACUACUUGACCAAGGGCCACGAGAUGACCAGUAUUGGGCUGCUGCUUGGUGUUUCUGCUGCCAAGCUGGGCACAAUGGAUAUGGCUAUUACUCGGCUCCUUAGCAUCCACAUACCUGCUCUCUUGCCACCAACUUCAACGGAGCUGGACGUCCCUCAUAACGUACAGGUGGCGGCUGUGAUAGGAAUAGGCCUGGUAUAUCAAGGAACAGCUCACAGGCACACGGCAGAGGUUCUGCUGGCUGAAAUAGGACGUCCCCCAGGUCCUGAAAUGGAAUACUGCACUGACAGAGAAUCCUAUUCUCUAGCAGCUGGUUUAGCAUUAGGCAUGGUCUGCUUGGGGCAUGGCAGUAACUUGAUAGGCAUGUCUGACCUCAAUGUCCCGGAGCAGCUUUAUCAGUAUAUGGUUGGAGGUCAUAAGCGUUUCCAAGCAGGAAUGCACCGAGAGAAACACAAGUCUCCGAGUUAUCAGAUAAAGGAAGGAGAUACCAUAAAUGUGGAUGUUACUUGUCCAGGGGCAACUCUGGCAUUAGCUAUGAUCUACCUAAAGACUAAUAACAGGUCCAUUGCUGACUGGCUUCGAGCUCCGGACACAAUGUAUUUGCUGGACUUCGUAAAACCAGAAUUUCUUUUGUUGAGGACGCUUGCUCGAUGCCUGAUUUUGUGGGAUGACAUUUUGCCCAAUUCGAAGUGGGUUGAUAGUAACGUACCACAAAUUAUAAGAGAGAACAGUAUAUCCCUUCAUGCAACAGAAUUGCCUUCAUCGGAAGAUCUGAAUUUGGAGACACUGGCGCAAGCUCACGUCUACAUCAUUGCUGGUGCCUGCUUGUCAUUGGGUUUUCGAUUUGCUGGUUCAGAAAACCUAGCUGCAUUUAACUGCUUGUUCAAAUUUGCAAAAGAUUUCAUGAAAUGUUUGUCAGCACCUACAGCUUCAAUAACAGGUCACUAUAACCUUGAAACUUGUUUGAGUGUUGUGCUGCUGUCUCUUGCAAUGGUGAUGGCGGGCUCUGGAAACCUGAAGGUCCUCCAGCUCUGUCGUUUCAUGCAUAAGAAGACCGGUGGGGAAAUGAACUAUGGGUUCCAUCUGGCUCAUCACAUGGCUCUUGGACUUCUCUUUUUGGGAGGAGGAAGAUACUCCCUGAGCACGUCAGAUUCUUCAAUUGCUGCUCUUCUUUGUGCUCUGUAUCCUCACUUCCCCGUUCAUAGUUCUGACAACAGGUAUCACCUUCAGGCCCUACGGCACCUGUAUGUGCUGGCAGCAGAACCAAGGCUCCUGGUGCCUGUUGAUGUGGAUACAAACACUCCUUGUUACACGCUACUAGAGGUUACCUAUAAGGGCACGCAAUGGUAUGAAGAAACCACAGAGGAACUGAUGGCACCAACCCUCCUCCCGGAGCUUCACUUACUUAAGCAGAUCAGAGUGAAAGGCCCACGAUACUGGGAACUACUAAUAGAUUUAAGCAAGGGGACACACCAGCUGAAGUCGAUCCUUUCAAAGGAUGGCAUCCUGUAUGUAAAACUGAGAGCUGGGCAGCUCUCGUACAAAGAGGACCCAAUGGGCUGGCGCAGUUUGUUAGCACAGGCGGUCACCCACAGGAACUCUGAAACUCGGACAUUCAAGCCAGAAACUAUUUCUGCUUUCACUUCUGAUCCGGCACUACUUUCAUUUGCUGACUAUUUCUGCAAACCAGCUGUGAACAUGGGUCAGAAACAGGAAAUAUUGGAUCUCUUCUCAUCUAUUCUUUAUGAGUGUGUUACUCGAGAGAAUCCGGAGAUGCUGCCUGCGUACAUAGCAAUAGAUCAGGCCGUGAGGAUAUUGGAGAGAAAAGAAAUGUCUGAGACCUUUGAACUAUGGCAGAUAAAGCUGGUAUUAGAAUUUUUCAGCUCCAGAAGCCACCAGGAGAGGGUGAGGAGAAAUCCAAACAGGGGGCUCUUCAUGAACUCUGAAUUUCUGCCUGUGAUGAAGUGCACGAUUGAUAAUACUUUGGACCAGUGGCUACAAGCCGGAGGGGACGUCUCUCUGCACUCCUACCUAAGUGGGCAGCCUACUGAAGAAUCUCAGUUAAGUAUGCUGGCCUGCUUCCUCGUUUACCACUCAGUCCCAACCCCAGGGCAGCUGUCAGCAGGCGGCUUAGAAGGGAACAUGAGCUUUUCGGAACUGCUUUUGAAAUUCAGGCAGCUGAAAAUGCCAGUUCGUGCGUUGCUGCGACUUGCACCUCUACUACUUGGAAAUCCAAAGUCAAUGGUGCUGUGACUGUGCCAAGAUGGAGAUCCAGAACACAAAUCUUACACAGUGACCAAAAGCCAAUGCCAAUAGUGUUGUUUUAAGUUAUCUGAAAGACACGCGGAUGAAUCUUCCACUUGCCUGUAGAUGUUUCGACUGUGACAGGGAGCUUUGUAUGUGUUGUUGUUACAGUGAAGAGUACCUACAUACAACGAAUUAAUCAUUUACUUUUCUAAAUAAAGUUUGUUUACAAAAAAGCCUUGUGGCGAGUCAUGAAAAUAACCCAUCUGGAAGCAGUUGGUCACCUCAUGUACUCGCCACCCGGUACCCUGAGCCUUUGGCACUUUUAAAAUUGUCUUUAAUGAGAUAGCAAAGGGCUUUUACAGGGAGGGCAUACAGGAGCAAUAGGCCUUGACCUCAGCUUUCCCUCUUGGACAGCUGGAUGGAAACUGUAAAGAUGAGUCUUACGCCAUCACAUUCAUAUACUGCCUGUUGCUUUCCUGUCUUCAGCCAUUUUUGAAAUUCUAAUCUUUUUUUCUAAAACACUUUUUUUUUUU